AACAAGUUUUGAACGAUUCGUUAAUGACUCGCGCAUCUCCAUUGUGCAUCUAGUGUUGACUUCACUGGCAAGUCGUGCUACCCUCUCCACUGCAAGCCUCAUACAAAUUAAAAACUACUCAAAAAUUCUUGACUGGCAAGCCAAUGACAACAUCCCGAAGUUUGGGGAUUAGGCCUCGGGGUGGAGUAGCAGGAAUGCAAGCGAACUAUCAGAAGAGCUAGCAGUGACACUGGGCUAACGUCGAUGAAGAUACGUGGAGUGAAGCAACUCCGGCAAAGUUGGACAAGUUUGCAGACCAAUAAAGUCGGCUAGAUGACGUUAAAACAUCAAAUCGACGAAUUGAAUCUGGCCGCCAUUUACUUCCGCAUUCAAGGAACCUGAAAUAGCAGGUGUUGCCCAAAGCAAAAUAUGCAAACACCGUAUUUUCUUUGUGUUAACUAUAAAGCAAUGCAACGGUGUUCUGACAGAACCGCACCGAUAUUUUUGUAUUAACUGGACUGACAGCCAGUACGUGUGCUUUUCCAAUAAGCUUCCACAUCUAACUAACAAGUAAGACAAUUGAAGUAGAGAAUUUGUCAGCAUUAAAGGAGGAAGCAUGACAGCUGUGGUAGGAAGAGCUUGGGGAUGGCUGCGCCCCUGGGGCAGAAGUACUGUGUCUGAAAAAGAUGCAUUGGCCAAAGCUGAGGUCAAAAGAGCGAGUGACACCAGUGAAGGUACUGCUAAUCCAAGAACAUGGACUUCUUGGAUUUGGGGAGGCUGGAAUCGGCAAAAAGAAGAAAGUCCUGUAGAGGACGAGUACUGGGAGGCUCAGGAGAAGCUUCAGCCUGUGGAAAUUGAAGAUCUUGGAGCAGGGAAGCAAGAACCAGAAGCAACUGUUCAACAUGUUCCAAAAUGGUGGAAUAAAUAUCUUCCAACGGCCUACCUUACCUGGACAAAGAAAACACAGCCAAGUGGACUCCGGCAAAAAAAAUGUCACAAGAAGAGUGGUGAUCGGGACAUUGACGGGGACUUUUCUGACUAUGGAACACCUCCUCCAUCCCCAACACCACUUUCCAAGCUAACAUCACCCUUCCGAUUCUUUGUGCAUAACCAAAAUGUGGAACUAUUUCCGGAGCACUAUGAGAUCUGCUUUAACUUCCUCCGCCAUUUGUUUGACCUGUUUGUGGUGGGAUUCCUGUGGAUUGUCUCGCCUCCUGUCAAGUUGAUCUUGGAGAUUUUGGGGAUCCAGGGACCACUGAAGCUUUGGCUACAUGGCAUGGCUAUGUUUUUUGUGUCUACGGUGGGAAUGGCAGGACUACUUUGGCUGAUCCAGGAGCAUCUCCCUGAGUUUGCUUUGAUCUACGGCAUUGUGCAAGCGUUAGUGAUCUCUGUCAGUGUAAAAAAGAGUGUGCUCUUUGGAAUGGAAGAAGAUAAAGCAGUAAUGAAGGAGGAGGACAGAGAAAUGGAGUUGACAGAUGAAGACCGUAAAGACAAGCUCAUCUGUUCAAAAGACAAGAUGAAGACAAGUUAAAGCUUCUGGGCAUGAAUUCCAGCUGUACCAAGCAUCCUUGAGGACAUCACAGCAGGAGGAGCAGGCGUGCACCACUUUGAAAUUGUAUUGCACAUUUAUUACACAAUAGCAGCAGUUGCAUUUCAACACCACCUUCUGUGCUAUAGAAGAGAAGCAUCUGUUCUAACCUUAUCUUAUAGUGGUCACCAGAACAAAGACACUGAAAGGUGGAGCAUGUACCACAGUCAUCAAAGACUAUUGGACACCUGCUAGAAUGUUCUUGAAAAGCCCCCUGAGCCAAAGACUUGUGAGACACGUUGUUGCAACCUUGCAAUUAUCUUUGGUGCCGUUCCAUCCAUCAAUUUUCUAUGCCGCUUAUCCUAAUUAGGGUCGCGGGGUCUUUGGUGCUGUUGAGAUUGGAAAAUCACAGCAGAACUCAAUCAUUGAUGAAAUUAGAAAAAUUCCUUCAGAAAUUUGAAAUGGGCCUGCUAGCUGUUGCUAACUUGUGGCCCACAAUUUGAGAACCACUUGGUGGCUUUUGGGCUUUGCCUUUCAGACUGUUUUGACCUGGGCAGCAUCAAUGUGCUGCAACACAUCUUGUGUGCCUGAAGGGGGUGGUGGAGGAUGACUCCACUUAGCACCACCUGCUGUUGUUUGCCAUCAUCAUCAUGAUGAGGCAGAUUUCCAAAUGAAAUGAUUUGAAUGUGAGGAGGUAAUUCCAGCCUGAAGCAGCCUCUAUUCCUGCUCUGCAGCAUUUACACGCUGCUAUUGCUCCACAGGCAGGCCCAUAAUAAGUAUGAGGAAUGCAGGUGUCCUUGGGUUACGCAUCAGUUCUGUUCCUAGACUAAGAUGGAAUGGAGUCUUCUACCUAAGUGAACAAAGUCACCCAACCUGUACACAGAACUCAUGAAAGACUGUCCUAAAAAGAUGAAAUCCAAGAAUGAAAUGAAAGUUGUCUUUGCAGGCCUUUCUACCGUCUUAAAACAUUGUCCCAGGCUCGUCCUGAAGGAUGACCACCUCUUCACAAGCAACCUUUCCAUGUCACUAAUAAGAGCACUAUGUUGCCUUAGUUAUCCCUGUCGCUUUCGUAGUGAUAGACGUCACGGUUCCACCUAAAGGGCGGCUGAUAUUGGUGGACAUGUCUCCUCUGUCAGAGCUUAUGAGGAUGUCCAUUUUCACUUUCAUGAUGAUGGCUUUUCUUUUUCUCAGCACGCUUCCACCUGAAGAGCCUGCUUUACACUUGGGUAGACACAACCAAGUGCAAAAUAAGCGAGGUUAUUCACUCGGUGGAGCAGUGCAUGAAACACACAGUGGACAGUAUCCACCUGCUGCAAGCAGAUUCAUCCGUUAGCUAGUUCAAUGUUGAUGGACCAAAGAUAAGUCCUGAAUUCAUUUAUUGGGGUGUGUAUGGAGGCAUGAACCCGAAGGUCGGGUCAACAUAACCCAAGGAGCACCAGUCAAUAGAUGGGCUGUGCAGCAGUAGAGGCAGCGUUCCACUAAAGCAGGGGUGUCCAAACCUCUUCUAGCGAGGAUCACAUAGUGAAAAAUGAAAGGAUGCAACUUUGCCACUUUGAUAUUUUGUAUGCAGUACAUAUAUUUAAAGAAAAAAACGCAUCUCAGCUUUAUCAUAUAAGUGAAGAAGCCUUUUAUUAAUAUCAACUUCCAAUUUCAACUUUCUUCUUUUAAUUUUUCUUCUUGCAAUAUUAUGACUUUAUUUCCAUAAUAUUACAACUUUUCAUCCAACCUAAUUUUCCAAAAUGUUUUACUUUUUUAGUUUGGUUUGUUUAUUUCUUAUUAUAUUACAACU